CAGGCAGCAUUGUUUGUGGUUUCUCAUAUUUGUUUGUGGUUUCUCAUAUCCCUACUUGUGCUUCCUGCCCGUUGGUUAUGUUACUCCUGCCCUCUUUCCCUCCAAGGAUCGUGUAUACUCUGUAGUUUUUCCUUCUUUUUUAACGUAGGAACUCGCAGCCGCUACCCGCACUUAAGAUAAUCACAAAUUCUCCUCCCUCUGGGAUUCGAACCUGUGACCAAGAGGAUACAAAUCCCCUCUUUAACCAACUGAGCCAACUCUUGCGGGCCUUUGUAGUUUUUAACAGUCAAUUGAUCGGUAAUCAAUAUUAUAUAUAAAUGUUUAUUGUUUUUGAAGUUUUGUGUUAACGUGUUAGUAAUUAAUACAUAAUAUGAAGAUGCUGUGUUUAAAAUGUCCAAUUUUUUUUUUUAAUGUGAACAGUUGAUUAUGUUUAUUACAAUUAAGUCUACGUAUUAAGAACAGCCAAGGAGGUGGAAAAUAUAGGUGGACCAAAUGAAUUAUAGGCAACAUGAGAAAUAGAGAAAAAUGAGGAAGUGGAACUAAUUCAACUAGUCAAGACCAACCCCUAUAACUACUCUCAGCCAAGCAUCCAACUACUCUGUGCCCUUCACUCUAGCAGCACCAAGCUUGUCUCAAUGUGGUGGUUCCACUCAUCAACAUCUGUUUUAAGGUAUAACUGGACAGGAGGAGUGAAUACAUCAGUCACAAGUUCAGCACUUGUGGCCUUGAUUUACUUUUCAUCUGGAGAGGGGAAUAUAUUCAAAGGAGUUAAAUGCAACAUUUAGCCGAUACGAGUUCAGAGACAUCCAAGCUGCGGUUUGGGAGUCAUAAUCACCCUGUUUGCCCUAAGCCUCGUCGCCUUGGAUCAGCUGUUCCUGAACUUCUCAAGCCGCUCAAAUGCAGCAAACACAGCCAGCUGAAUCCUGAUUACAGAUCUGGAAUUCUCGGUGUGAUUGCUGAAAAGACAGCAGAGGGGCGCGAAAUUAUAUGCUCAGGAUGCUCACCAACAUGUUACACAGGCUCACCUCCUAGCAGAACAGAUAAUCCAUUAGUCCAUGACGUGCAAUUCGUUCAUCAGAUGGAACCCUUCUUGCCAUUAGCAGCUCCAAGAAGGAAUCUUUCUGAUAAAUUUGGUUUUGCCUCUGCCUCUCCAGCAUAAUCCACUUGGUCCUCGAAAUCCUAUAUAAUGAGGAUAUUUUGUAGCAGAACUAGUAUCAAGCCUCUUUAUACUUGCAUGACUUUCAGUCUUUAAGUGUAAAUAGCAUUAUUUUUAGGAGUGAAAUUGUAUCUCUGUAAAUAAUGUGAAUUUUGCAAGUUGUUGACUGUAACUUCAGUUCAUCCUGAAAAAUAAUAAAAAUUAUCCGCAUCAUUAACAUUAAAAAUCCAU